AUGGAUAACAGUUGGAAUAAUUGGGGAUCGUCUUCGAAUAAUGCUGAUGAUGAUGACGACGACUGGCAACUCAUCCAAUGGGCGACGGUUAUUCUAUUCAACCCUGUGGCUGAACGUCUAGCAGGAUAUAUAUUGCCGGGCAAUGCUAUAGGUGCAUUAGAUGGUACACAUGUUCCAGCACAUCCGCCACCUGGACAGCAAACGGCGUACACGAAUAGGCAUGGACAAGCAACUCAAAAUGUACUAGCCAUUUGUGAUUUUGAUAUGCGCUUUUCAUAUAUUUAUGCUGGUUGGGAAGGAAGCGCCCAUGAUGCACGUGUCUUGGACGGAGCACUAACAGGACCUACACAUUUUCCGAUGCCCCCUCCAGGAAAAUACUACCUUGUGGACUCGGCAUAUAGAAAUGUUCCUGGAUUUCUUGCACCUUAUCGUGGAACACCUCGACAACCUGCACAGGGUCGGCGUGGGUGUUCCUCCCCGAAGCAACUUUUCAAUACUCGUCACUCAUCACUUAGAAAUGUAAUUGAGAGAUGCUUUGGGGUGCUUAAAAGGAGAUUCACCAUCCUACGCGGUCCUGUACCUAAUUUUUAUAUGAGUACACAAAUAAAUGUGGUGAUAGCUUGCUGCACUCUACACAAUUUCAUACGGGACGAAUUACCAGAUGAUGACAUAUUCAAUGAUCAUGAGCAAGAGAUGGAUAUCGAAGGAGAAGGUGGGGUCCCGCCAAUGCCAGAAAUUCAACCCCUAAGUGCCUCGCAAGAAGAGGUCAAUGAAUGGCAUGAAAUGAGAGAUGCAAUGGCAAAUGGAAUGUGGAAUGCGUAUCGGAGUGCGAGGCGAAGGUGA